UGUUUGUGAAAGACAAAAACAGACACUCGCAGGAUGGUGUGUUUGUGAAGCAAUGUAACGGACCUCUUGGUGGACUUAAAACCUCCGUGUCGUGAUUGAAACUUAGGUGUAUUUAUUAAUAAAGCUCAGGUCAAUAUUGGACUUGAAGAAGGGAGGAGAAAGAAGAUCCAGACCAGCAGAUGGACGAAGGGAACAAAACAAACCGUGUCACCCGGACUACAUGAGAGGCUGAAUCAUUCACAGGCUAAAUAACAGCCAAACAGUUGACAUUAAAUUCAGAGCCGUUCUACACAGGUCGGACUAAAAUUCAUUAGUUUACCCAGCUUUAGUUCUUUAACUUAAGUCUUAACGGCUUCCCAGUAAAUAGCAUGUUACCAUGGUAGUGUAGGGUUUCACGAGCGUUGUCCGUUAGACUAGCAAGCUAGCACGCUAAUGUUAGCCAUUGCUAACAUUACCCUUGUAGCAGAAACAGGAGUAAUUAGCAAGAUAAUGUUCUGAAUUUUCAGACUCCCCUCGUUUCUUGAAGUCUUAAUCGCAAGAAGGUCGCCAGUGAGAAGAAACGUUAAGAAUGUGAAGCAUAAUGGCGAACUUUGAGGCUUACCAGGAGUAUCAGAGAAUUGAGGAUUUCGAAGAGGACUCGCCACCAGGGGAGGAGGAUUUGCUGGUGCAUGUACCCGAAGGCCUGAAAGACUCAUGGCAUCAUAUCAAGAACCUGGAUAACUUCUUCACGAGAAUCUAUCAUUUUCAUCAGAAGAAUGGCUUUGCUUGUAUGAUGCUGACAGAGUUCUUUGAACUUGUCCAGUUUUUGUUUGUUGUUACAUUCACAACCUUCCUUGUCAACUGCGUGGAGUACGAUGUCCUUUUUGCAAAUAAACCAGUCAACCACACAGAGCCGGACCACAACCCCUUUAAUAGGAGCAAGGUCACAAUUCCUGACGCCAUCCUACCAAGUCAGCAGUGUACCCAGAGGAUUCAACAGAACAGCUGGAUUAUUUUCCUUCUCAUCAUGGCAGCCAUCUUCUGGCUCUAUCGACUUAUUAAAGUCAUUUGCAACAUUUUGAGCUAUUGGGAGAUCAGGCAGUUCUACAUCAAAGCACUGAAGAUAAGAAUGGAUGAACUAUGCAACUUCACAUGGCAGGAAGUCCAGGACCGGCUCAUCAGCCUGCAACGAGAGCAGCAAAUGUGCAUACACAAGAAAGAGCUGACAGAGCUCGACAUCUAUCACCGCAUCCUGCGAUUCAAGAACUACAUGGUGGCCAUGAUAAACAAAUCACUGCUGCCUGUGCAGCUGCAGCUUCCCCUGCUGGGCAAUGUGGUGUUCCUCACCCAGGGCCUCAAGUACAACUUUGAGCUGAUCCUUUUCUGGGGCCCCGGCUCUCUGUUUCAGAAUAAAUGGAAUUUACACCCAAAGUACAAACGGAACGGAAACCGCCUAGAGCUGGCACAGAAACUCAGUAGAGUCAUCCUGCUUAUGGGUUUGGCCAACCUGCUACUGUGUCCAUUCAUCCUAGUGUGGCAGGUGCUGUACGCUUUCUUCAGCUAUACUGAAAUAAUCAGGAGAGAACCUGGGAGUCUGGGUGCACGACGCUGGUCGCUGUAUGGUCGUUUAUACCUACGACAUUUCAAUGAGCUGGACCACGAGCUGCAUGGACGAUUAGGGCGUGCCUACAAACCAACAUCCAAAUACAUGAACUCCUUCACAUCACCGCUGCUGACAGUACUCGCUAAGAAUAUUGCAUUCUUCUCAGGCUCAGUGUUGGCUGUGCUCAUUGCACUGACAGUCUAUGAUGAGGAUGUUCUGACAGUACAGCACAUCCUGACUGCUAUCACUGUGCUAGGGGUGGUUAUCACAGUCACCAGAUCCUUCAUCCCAGAUGAGCAUAUGGUGUGGUGUCCGGAGCAGCUGCUGCAGUGUAUGCUGGCACACAUUCACUACAUGCCCGACCACUGGAGGGGAAAUGCUAACAAGAGCGAGACCCGGGAUGAGGUGGCACAGCUGUUCCAGUACAAAGCGGUGUUCAUCUUGGAGGAGUUGCUCAGUCCUAUUGUCACCCCCUUCAUUCUGAUCUUCCUGCUGAGGAACAAGUCUCUAGAGAUCAUUGACUUCUUCAGGAACUUCACUGUGGAUGUGGUUGGAGUCGGAGACAUCUGUUCCUUUGCUCAGAUGGACAUCAGGCGACAUGGAAACCCAACGUGGAUGUCUGAGGGCCAGACGGAGGCCUCUGUCUACCAACAGGCUGAAAAUGGCAAGACAGAGCUGUCUCUCAUGCAUUUCACUAUUAAGAACCCACGCUGGCAGCCACCUCAGGAGAGCUCAGUGUUUAUCAGCCAUCUAAAGGAAAAAGUGCAUCACGACGCACAGGGUGGCCCCUCCACCCAGCUUCUGCUCUCUGAGGCUCCUCUCUGCACCUCGCUGCAGUCCAAUGAGUCAGGAACGGUGCCUGAUAAUUUGUUGGCCAGUGUCUUGGCCCAUCCCAUUCUCACUGCAUCGGGACUACAAGGGCGAGACCAUCGCUUCAUCCCACCAAGCACUGCUGCUUCUGCUGCUGCCAGUGUUCUGGCCUCAUUGUCUACUUCUCAGCUUGCACAUACCAGCCGAGGCCGCUCACAUGGCCUGCUGCCAACAUCUCUACACCCCGAGAGCACCAUGUACCGUAGUGAUCGCACCAUCAUUGACAGUAUGACAUGUAGUGACAUCCGCAGUCGAAGCAACGCUCUGCAAUCAGAGUUUGCCUCAGCAGAGAUGAGUCUCCAUGCCAUCUACAUGCAUGAGCUCCACCAGCAAAGCUCCCACACACAAAGAUCUUCAGGUCAAUGGCAGAACCCAGUGCCAAUGAGAGAUCUGCACACAAAUACUGGUUACCAGGCACAUAGUGGCCUUGGUUCCAGUAUGUCCAUGCCCACUCCUGUCCACCUCGGAGGCUGGAGAGAGGAGGAGGAGGAGAAUGAAGAUGAUCAAGAGAUCAACAGUGGAUCUACUCCAAAGCAGGACACAGGGAGUAGUUGUUGAAGUGCCUUAUGUCAUUAGAGUGUUUACAUUUUACUCAACGAACAUUGUGGCCUUAGACCUUCAUGGAGAAUUUAGCAUGGACCUUUAAACACCAUUCAGCGUUUGAUGUGGGAGGAGCUCGAUGAAUAACCACUGUCUCUGCACCUCCACGCCUCCUCCUGUCACACCAGGCAGACUAUGGGAUCAGGGAAACCAUAAGUCUUCCGUCCGUUUCCUCCUGAUUUAUUCUCAUGAGCAUGUAUAGACAAACUGUAAGAAUACAGAGAAACUAUAGAGAGUGUGCAUAGGAUCGCUGUGUGAUGGCGUGCGUGGCUUAUUUUUAUUGUAGAAAAAAGGCUCAUGUGAAAGUUUGCACAACUCAUGUGUUAGUGCAUCAGAACAUUUUACAGCUGGAGUCGGAAUGAAUAUCCUGCAGUAUGGUGUCGUGCUGCAAAGACCGCACAUGUAAUUUAGCUGACUGAACAAUUCUGAUCACCUGAUCAUUCAAUAUUACAAAUUAGGCUGGUGAGUUGUAAAUACACUAUUUUGCUUUACUUCUCAUUUUAAAUGUCCACAUUUGUCCUACCACAUCUAAUCCUUGAGAAAGAUACCAAGUGUUACUAUGAUAAAGCGCUGACUGUACAGUAGCCGUACUGCUUUAACUCUGUGUGUACCAGGCACUAGCCGGACUGGGUUUAACUAAAUGUGUUUUUGAAACCAGACAUUCACAUGUUUGGAUGCUGCUGUCUGUGUUUAGUAGUCCUAAAUACAGACUUUGUUUAGUAUUAACAUAUACACAGCUGAUGUAUCAAGACAUGACUAUUUUGAAAAAAGGACUGAAAUUAUUAGCCCUUAAUGCACUUGGCAUAAAAAUCAAAUGCAGAUUUAAGAUGGAUUUUUUUUUUUAAUUUAAGCUAGAUACAAAGUCAGCUUGAUGCCUUAACAUCCAUAUAACAAUACAUAUAUUUAUAUCCAAGUUUUCUUUAUUACCUCUAUAGUAGACAAGAAAACUACCAAUACCUCUUCAGUGUAUUUACUCGUGUAAAUAUGUACUCAGUACAUUAAGGUCUCUUUUUAGUGUGCCGGCGCAUCUUGUAGCUGCAUUUGAUUUUAACAGCUGGUGCAAAUUGAAUCAAUUUUAUUUGUGUCACUUUUUCUUGCCCAACAGAUCCUUUACAUUGAAAAUUGAUUUCCAAAAAAGGUUUGGGCAGGUUUUCUGAGUAAAACAGGGUGUUAUUGCUUUUAUGAAUCUUUUUUUUUUUCAGCUUUUAAUCCAAACUGAAAGAUUAAACUUAAUCACAAGGGCUGAUGUGAGUGUGUGCAAUGCUUCUGAAGUGAUCAAUUUGAUAGUUCCUGGAGCCUUUUUAAAAUUAAGUUAAUUAGAUGAAUUAGCAGCUCUCUCAUACAUAUUUAAUUCACAUAUAUGGGUAUUAUUUAUUUGAUUUACCUCUUUAAAAAAGUAAACUGAUAUGUGAAAUUAUUUACCUUCACAGAAACUUGUAUUCUUUUUUAUGAAAGAAGCAGCAUGUGCCCUCCCCCACUAAAAGUUUAAAAAGUGUCAAUACUGAAAAACUUGUUAAAAAAAUAUUAAAAUACAAAGAUAACGUGGCCAGCAGCAUGAUGUUGAAUGUGUUUAACAAUCAGAAUAUUCUCUGACUAAAUCUGCUUGUACAUGCAGUGUGUGAAAUAUCCUUCAACCCAUUAUUACUACAUUCUUCACAGAUCACAUGACCACAGCUAUUUUCCUCCACAACUGCAGGACAGGGACUUUCUUUGUGAGCAUGUCCAUAAAAAGAGUGCGUUUAGACACCUGUGUUGUUGUUCUGACAUGAACAUGAACUUUUGCACUGACAAAAAUAACCUUUUUUAAUAUAUGCAUAUGUACAGUACCUGCAACAGUUAGAAAGGGACACCAAGUCUUUGUCCACCCUGAAUGACCUCCUCUCAUUGUAUAUAAGCAAAACAUCAGCAUCUUUUGUGUCCUCAUUAUCACCAGCAGACCACCAUGUAACACUGUGGCCAAUCACAGAAGGUUGUUCUCACCUCUGGUCAGAAAAAGCUCACCCUGCCUCAUUGUUUAACAGGGUGCCGUGGUCUGUUUGUGCAGUGAGUCUAUGUUGUAGAGACACUGGAGCUCAGCUUUGUGCACAGAGAUGAUUCGUCUCACUGUCUCCACAGUUAACACUUCACUGUCAUUUUAUUUAAAGCAGUGCCUUAGUAUUAAGGAUAAGUAUUUGCUCUUUUUAGAAGCCAUUUCAUGUCAACAUUGGAUUUUCUUUUACAUCACAGCACAUAUGUGUACAGUGUUUUUUUCUUCUUGUUUGAAAGUCAUUGUGUACAGCAUCAAGUAUGUGUUGAAGUUGUGGGUGCAGCCUGAAAACCGAUCUUUUGCAAGUCUGCUGCAUCUGACAGCACUUAUCGUGGUGUCUAAAUUUGCACUGUCCUCAAUAUCCCAAACAAGCAUGAGUUUUUGUUUUGUUUGGUGGUGUCAUCAUAGCCAACGUUCUCAUCAUACUAUGGGUUCUUCAGUGAACACCAGUCUGAGAAUCACAGUGACUGGAACAAGGUGCUAAGUUUUCAUCCUGAAAUGUUGAACUUUCUUUGUUUUGUAGGUUUUGUCUGUUUUUUUGUUGUGUACAUUAAGAAACACUAGCUGAAAAAUUAAACAUGCCAAAAGAACUUGUUUUCGGCACAGCUUUACGAUAUGUGUGUUGUUUUCUGUGAGUGAGUAGAGAGGAAAAUAAAUCUUGUUUUGAGUGUAUUUAAUCAUUUCAUGUGUGGUUGAUUAUGUGAUGUUUAUUUGAAAUAAAAAAAUCCAUUUUAA